AUGGCUUCAGGGAAACAACGCCCCGGUAGCGGCGACCCGAACGACUCCAACUGUAAGCGCAUGAAGAGCGACGAGCCUAGCAAUAGUCAUGCAGCAUCGCUGGCCAAUUUCUGGUUUCUUCCCGAGGAGCUGCGCAUCUACAUCAUUGACCUGGCCUGCUACGUUGAGCCUGUCAAAGCCACCAGCGUUGAGAGAAAAGGCAAAGCUUCGACGAAUACCACAAAGAGCCGCUCAGGUCGCGACGUCAACGUUCUUGCCUCUCUUGCGCUAGUUUCACGUCGAUUCAACAGCUGCAUCACGCCACUUCUAUAUAGAAUGAUCAAGAUCACCAGGCCGAGCGAGCUGGCAACAUUCUAUAAGUGCCUUGCACUUCGACCUGACAAUGGUGCCUACAUUAGAGACCUGCACCUCGGUCCAAUUGAAGACCUCGCAGAGAAUUGGUGGCCAACAGAGACUAUCUUUGCAGACGAAAAUGGCGAAACGCUCGAGGAUCCCGUUUUGCUUCUACGGACAUCCCUUUCCUCCGCCGAAGAGGAGGUGACACCUCGAUGGUGUGAGCCGAAUGCCACCUUUGAGUGGGGAGACACUGCUAGAGGCAGAAAUUGUCAGGACACUGCAGUCAAUGACGCGCUCAAAGCAGCUGUGCACUACGCGAGGAGCGAUGGGAAGGGACUGUGCCUCAUCAGCCCGUACGGAGAGAGUGUAAGGAUGGUGAGUAGGGCUCAGUGCGCCGCCUCUCUGUCUUGCAAACUGACCAGAAAGCUUCUCCCUCGCAUCUGCAACAUGAAGAAUGACUGGGCCAUGAGGGUCUUGCGGAUUCGCGCAUGCCUAGAUUUGUACCUCAUGGAGAUGAGGCGUAUUGAAGAUCAGAAACAUUACCAAGUGCCACACUGGCCAAGUCCAAUACCUUUGGAUCGGGGCCCCGACCAAUGCCGCCAAGGACAUUGCUCGCACUACCCUCGUCUGAUCGUCACACCGAGCUCAGGGGAAAAGCCGGACAAAACGAACAAGUAUCUGGCCGAAGACAAUACGAAAAGCGGCAUGGCAGAGAUGGAUCAGAAGGGCGUCUUUACCCUGAGCAAAACCCAGCUGGACGAGCACAUCAGCCGCAAAGGAGGUUUAGCAGACCACUUCGACCAUCCCCUGCUGGUCAUCCGUUCGCGGCUGAUGCUCUUGCACUACGAUUACGCAGAACUCAAGAUCGAUCACGCGCAGGCGGAAAGUAUGAUGUACUACUACAGCGAAAUAGAGGCUGAUUAUCGUUGCGCUCGUUGUGGCAAGCACAUCGAUGACGAUGAUGAGUCUUGCGACGAGGAAGAACAUCAGAAGAAUCAUUGCAACUGCCCAGCUCCAUCAAGAAGCGACCAAAACAAUGUUGAGCCUAUCGACCAUUUCAGCUCAACCAAAAUUUCGGACGUUUUCAACACCAGCGAUUUCAUUCUCAGUCAGGCUACCAAUCUAGUCAAUGCCUCGUUCGCUAGCAUCCUCCAUCGUCCUCUAUGGGAUCAGCAGACCCUUCAGCAGCUUCGAUACCUGUCACUAGGACCCACGCCGCCUGGGUGGGAGGACGAACUACGCUGGGAUCAUGUGCACCUCCCCUGCCUCGAGCAGUUGCGCAUCGCUUUCUCCUUCAUUGACGAAAUCUCGCUCGGAAGCUCGUGGAUCCCUUUGGCCCGCUGCCCCAGCUUCGCAGACUCCAGUGGGAUUGUGCCCUCCCGCCUUCGUACCGAUAUCAGAAGAACAGCCAACACAAGGGAGCAGGGGGAGGAAGUCCUUCAGCCAUCGUCUAUCAGCAACCUGCCAGCCAAGGUCAGACCGCGCUCCAUUGAAGUUCGUCUGCACCCCAACGUGAUUAGCGAUUUGCUCGCGAUGGCCCCUACUGCAGAGAUUCGAGCUGCGUGGCAACGUGGGCUGAGCAUGCCCGAUGCACCCCAUCGCCUCCGGCUAGUUAAAAGUCGCGCUGUGGGAGAUAGCAACGAAAGUAGCUGGCUUCAUCCUGAUCAAGAUUUGCAGCUGAUCUCAAGAGGUGAAAGAAACGACAAACCAUUCCACGAGACUCCGACCGCCUUGCUCUCUCUCCUGACUCUUCGGUACCUCAGUAGGAGAUCAAGACGAUGGAGGAAAGCGGCAUGGGGUCGUAGAAGCAGGCGGGAUGGUACUGCACGAGGAGAUGAGAAUACAUGGGGCAGCACACGAGCUGAGAAAAGGACAAUGCAGAGGGAUCAGCUGCUCCUGGAGGAGAAUGAGGCACCAAUCAACAGAUUCUUGCCGCCUUGGACAGAAAGCGAUGAUGGAGUGCAGCGCUGCAGAAGCCACUCUUGUUACGAGAAGGGCGACUUCCUGCCCGCAACCCCCGCUGGCCACUCCGCACUUCCGUGCCGUGUCACUCGCCCGCGACGAGGCGAGUUGAGCGCGUCGAAGCCAAACUUCCUUCCUUCUCUCUUCCCGCUUCAUACAUCUCCCGAUGAUCUCAUCGUUCUGACCAUCGUGACGGUCAUGCCGAAGUAUGAGCCCAGCCGCGGAGGUGAAAUAAGUGGCGGCGGGUACGCAGCAGAGCAUUGCCACGAUGAGCUCGGAUGGGAUGAUGCUCCCGAUGCAGAUCCAUGGCUCGGCAGCCCGCUCACUGCUAGUCAUUCUGGCCAUGCGAAGUCUACCCCAUCUCUUGUCAACUUCUGGACUCUACCACACGAACUUCGCACCGCCAUCUUCUCCCUAGCUGCAGAUCUGACCUCAUACCAGCCCGACGUCGCUACUCUUGCCAGCCUCAGCUGCGUCUCUUCUUCAUUCCACACGGAGUUCAAUCCGCUCCUCUACAAGCAGGUUCAGCUCACACGACCAUCAAAGCUUGGCGCAUUCUAUCGCGGUCUUACUCCCCGCAACGGCAAGCUCGUCAGAAGCCUACACCUUGGCCCGAUCGAGGUGCUUUCAGGCUCGUGGUGGCCGCUUGACGAAGACGAGCAUCCCAACCUCAAGAAGCCUCUGCUUUGGAUCAAGACCUCUCUCAACGGAGAAGACGAGCCUGACUUGCACCUUCCUCGCUGGUGUCGUCCAGAGAGGGACUUCAAUUGGCAGCUCAGCGCGAGAGAUUGUCAAACCAAAGCCGUUCAUGGAGCGCUGCAAACUGCGUUGAGAGAGAUCGACAUUGAUCCGUACGAGACGUUCGCAGAUCGACGAGGGGCGGACAUCGGAAUAGUGAGUGCGGGGAAAGGCCUCUUGAUCAGCUGCGCCAUCCCCCUAACUACUGUUGAUCACGUCCCUUUCCCCGCAAUCCUGCUGCAGAAUGAAUGGACACUACGCCUCUUCCGCCUCCAAGCCUGCCUGGACCUCUACUUGGUAGAGAUGGCACGCCUCGAGGAUGAGCGAGGCUAUGCAAUUCAAGACUGGCAAGUCUCCAGCAGGCCAACCCAUCAUCGUCACUUUCCUUAUCGAUGCCGCACUGGCAGCUGCGAGCACUAUCCUCGUGUUCACAUAUCGACACGAGACCUGGCAAUGAAGAAGGCAAAGGGAGAGGGCAGCAGCCAGAAGCAAAAGAGGAAGAAGGGAGUGAGGCAGACAGUGAGCGAUGGAGAGUGGGACAGAGACGAAGAGUCGCCGCCUUCAGCCGCUCGCGACGACAAGAAGGGACCAGCAGUCGCUAGUGGCACCGCUUUGACAGACAUGGCUAAGCCCGUCAUGCCCCGCACACGGGAAAAGGACAAUGGGCUAGUCUUCAGCCUGGCUCACCUUGAUCAGCAUCUCGCCAAGGGCAGACAAACCGACCACUUCGAUCACCCGUUGCUCAUUGCCCGUACUCCUCUCAAGUUCCUCGCGCUCGACGAUGCUGGGCGUGUCAAGGUCGAUCAUGAUGGCUCUGAGAGACACGACUACUAUAGCGACGAAGGGGGCAUCUGUCCGCAUUGCGGGGACAUUGGCUGUCCAGAGGCGCCGUAUCUCAUUCCGCUAGCGAGUGGCUCUGCCCCGCGCUCUUCACCGACGCGCGAAAAGGGCGCUAGAGGCAAGGGCAUGGAAGACUAUCUUAAGCUGAAUGGCGUGCUGGACAUCUCGCGUUCAGUGCUUGCGCUCACGCCUGGUAUCGUCAACCUCUCAUGCACAGGGUACUUACAUCGCUCCAUCUGGUCAGAAGGGCUUCCCUACCACAACUCACUACGCUGCCUCUCUGUGGGGCCUAUGACUCACUUUCAGGAGGACUCGUUGGACGAACUCGCAUAUGCCGAUAUGCCCCGUCUCGAGCGACUGCGACUUUGUGGCGAACGGCUCACCGUUUGCACGGCGAGCGCCAUCGCUGGUCUUCCUCCUGACUACAAAGAGCUCAAUCCCCUGCCACACCUGAGAGAAGUGCAGUGGGAUACAGGCAAUGAAACCGAUGGGGAUGAGAUGAGGCAUUUGCGGAUCCUCGACAAGCUGCAGGGUAGCGGCAGCAGAUCACGUGCCAGGCGCAUCAUUAAGAGAGUCAGUGGGAUGAAGGCCGGCCAAGGAGGGCCUUUUGACGCCCGUGCGACUUCGGGGAAGCGCGACUCGCGUUUAAUCCACGUUCGCCUACACCCGUCCGUUGUCAAAGGAUUCCUCGAGGAUGCCGCUUCUCCCACUAUCCAAAUGGCAUGGCAGCAGGGGCUUCCUGUCAGAAACGGGCACAACCGCUUGCUACUCACUGAGAGUCGCGCUUUGGGCAAAGGGCGCGAUGCAUGCGAUUGUAGCUGGCGCGACCCUCACGAAGACGUUGACGUGCACAUGCAAGGCAGUGUGCAGUUCUGGCGAGAGGCGGCGAGAUGGUGGGAUACUGUGAAGGCUCAGGUUGAGGACGAGGAGCAAGGAGAGGCAAUGGUGGCAGAUGAGGAGGUCCUUUGGGAUGAAGAGGCAGACUGA